UGGGGGAUAAAAUAAAAAAUUGUAGCAAAAUUAUACAUAUUAUGUUUUUCAGUAGACAACGAUAUAAAACAAUUAGUUUUAAAAGCAUGUUGUGGGGAUAAUUGUGAAGAAUUUCAAAGACCCGAAGAGGUAAAUUAUAAAUGAAUUUUUACUUUUGAAAAAUAAUUUUGUAGAUGUAUGGAAUUAUGUGUUGUGGAGAUGAACCAAGUAAUCAAUUUGAAGAAAUUUGUUGUGAUAAUGUUCCAAGAAGACGCAAACAAUCUUCGAGUUUUAUUGACCGAUGUUGUGGCAAUCAAACUUUAGCUUAUGACCAAACUUGUUGCCAAGGAGUUGUACACAAUAUUCCUUCAGGGGAAUGUUGUGGCAAAAUGGCAUAUGCCCGCAAUUCAUUUAAUACUCUUUGUUGUGAUGAAAUGCUUUUAACAAAUGUAGACCCGUCUUUAAUUUGUUGUGGUAAGCCUAUUGCUGUAGUUUUAAGCACAAAAAUUGAUAUUCAGGCAAAAAUGCCUAUGAUGGAGGAAAAAAAGAAAUUUGUUGUGGAGGACAAGUUUCUCUCAAAGAAUUAUUUGAUGGAUGUUGUAAUAUUUAUGUAGGUGUUGAUAAAUUAAAUAAGGAGGGCCGCAGGGUUGUCAGCAUCUCUAGCUGAUGAUCAAACUUGCCAAGUAGUUGUUUAGGAUGAAUAUCCUAAUUUCAUCCGCGGGGUCGUCAACGUAUCUUCGAAUUCUAGAAACCCUCGUUCCGCCAUCCUUUCUUUAUCUUAUCAACGUGAAUUACCGCAU